UAGCAAAAAUGCUACAAAAUCUCCACAACUCCUACUCGGAUUCAUCAACAACAUCAUCAUCAUCUCAAGAAGAUGACUACAUCGACAUGGAAGUAGAAAUCGACUACUACCACUACCACCACCACCAAUCCUUGGACAACCACAGUAGCAUCUUCAAUCAAUCCUCAAACAAUGAGUUUGAAUUCCAACAAAGCUUCUCGAGCUCGUCCGACCGGGACCCGUACGCCACCACAUCCUCCGCGGACGAGCUCUUCUACAUGGGGAAGCUCCUUCCCCUCCACCUCCCGCCCCGCCUCGAGAUGGUCCACAAGAUCCUCCACUCCACCACCCCUUUCCACAACGACGACGAGCCCUUCAGCACUCCCAUUGCCACCACUCCCUUCGAGUCGUGCAACAUCUCCCCCUCAGAGUCAUGCGAGGUCAGCAGAGAGCUGACCUCGGAUGACUACAAGCACAUCCUUGUCAAUCAUGACAAAAAAUCUUGGACAAGGAAGACAAAGAUGAUUAAACAGUCGUCUUCGUCUCCCUCGUCCAAGAUCAAAUGGACCUCCUACAUCAAGUCCCUCUUCACCAAAUCCUCCGGCUGCACGAGCAUGAGCCAACACUCUGCUACAGAUGUUUCCAAGGCGAAGAACGAGCAUAUCAAGAAUGUGGCCCCGUUCGGGCAGAUCAAGUACAACGAAGAUCAGAGGGGGAGGCACCGGAGAUCAUUCUCCGAGGCCAUUAAACAACUGUCGAAGCGUAAAUGUUCGACGUCUAAUUUGAACGUGCUGGCCUUGAAAAGGAGCAUCGGCUCGAGUUCGGAGGUUGAGAGCCCAAUUCAGGCUGCUAUUGCGCAUUGCAAGAGGUCUCACAAAGCCAGGGAAGAAAGAGUAUCAGUUUGCACAAGUCAUGUGUGAAUGUGAUGACACCUUUUUUUGACCUUUAUAUUUCCUGUGUCCUAAUGGAUUCAGAUCAAUUCUUGAUGCUGUGGUUUAUACAUAAAUAACUUGUUUUCAUUUGGAGAAAUUGUUGCAUCUUCGUCUUAGGUGUCUUUGUUAGUUUUUUCUUUUUUUAUAUACAAAUAAUUCAUGCUUUGUUUUGUAGAAAUAUUGUUGGACACUUUAGUUUAGUGUUUGAGCUAUGACUAUGA